UCUGCUCUCAUACGCUUGCGCAUUAGAAGCCUGGUACUAUAUUGAUGAACGAAAAAUCAGUAAGCGAAGAUCUGCGGAGAAGCUCAUAAAACUAGGAGUGUUUGGUAAAACCGGCAGCCAUGUCGGGGAAUAUGGGAAUGGAGCAGUUGAUCCCCAUCGUCAAUAAGCUACAAGAUGCCUUCACUCAGCUUGGUGUGCAUAUGCAACUUGAUCUACCACAAAUUGCGGUUGUGGGAGGACAGUCUGCUGGAAAGAGUUCAGUUUUGGAAAACUUCGUCGGAAGGGAUUUUCUGCCCCGUGGCUCCGGUAUUGUAACUCGUCGUCCUUUGAUUCUACAGCUCAUACAUGGAAACGCAGAAUAUGCGGAGUUCCUCCACUGCAAGGGCAAGAAGUUCGUGGACUUCAAUGAGGUGCGAGGGGAGAUCGAGGCGGAGACGGACCGCAUCACGGGCUCCAACAAGGGCAUCUCGCCCGUGCCCAUCAACCUUCGCGUCUACUCGCCCAACGUACUUAAUCUGACGCUGAUCGACUUGCCCGGGCUAACGAAGGUGCCCAUUGGGGACCAGCCGAUCGACAUCGAAGCCCAGAUCAAGGGGAUGAUCUUCCAGUUCAUCCGGCGGGAGUCCUGCCUGAUCCUCGCCGUCACCCCGGCCAACACCGAUCUGGCUAACAGCGAUGCUCUCAAACUUGCCAAAGAAGUUGACCCACAAGGUCUGCGCACGAUCGGUGUGAUCACGAAGCUGGAUCUGAUGGACGAAGGGACCGACGCUCGCGAUGUGCUGGAGAACAAGCUGCUGCCGCUGCGCCGCGGGUACAUCGGCGUCGUUAACCGCUCGCAGAAGGACAUCGAUGGCCGCAAGGAUAUUGCUGCCGCGCUCGCUGCUGAGAGGAAAUUCUUCCUCAGCCACCCCUCGUACCGGCACCUCGCGGACCGGCUCGGGACCCCGUACCUGCAGCGCGUGCUGAACCAGCAGCUGACCAACCACAUCCGCGACACGCUGCCCGGCCUGCGCGACAAGCUGCAGAAGCAGCUGCUCACGCUGGAGAAGGAUGUCGACCAGUACAAGCACUUCCGGCCCGACGACCCCUCCAUCAAGACCAAGGCCAUGCUGCAGAUGAUACAACAACUCCAAACCGACUUCGAGCGUACUAUUGAGGGUUCCGGCUCUGCACAAAUCAACACCAAUGAGCUGUCGGGCGGUGCCAAGAUCAACCGGCUCUUCCACGAGCGGUUCCCCUUCGAGAUCGUCAAGAUGGAGUUCGACGAGAAGGAGCUGCGGCGCGAGAUCGCCUUCGCUAUCCGGAAUAUCCACGGUAUCAGGGUGGGGUUGUUCACGCCCGACAUGGCGUUCGAGGCCAUCGUGAAGAAGCAGAUCGGGCGGCUGAAGGAGCCGUGCCUCAAGUGCGUGGAUCUCGUCGUGCAGGAGCUCUCCAACGUCGUCCGCAUCUGCACUGAGAGGAUGUCGCGCUACCCGCGCCUGCGCGAGGAGACGGAGCGCAUCAUCAUGUCGCACGUGCGCUCGCGCGAGAACCAGUGCAAGGACCAGCUCGUGCUGCUCAUCGACUGCGAGCUCGCCUACAUGAACACCAACCACGAGGACUUCAUCGGAUUCGCCAAGUCUCACGCUAGAUCUGGUCUGAACACAGAAAACGUCUCCUCUAGUGCUCAGAACCAAUCGGAAAACUCGGCCAAGUCGGGGCACCGCGCGCUCGGUAACCAGGUUAUCAGGAAAGGUUACAUGUGCAUACACAACCUGGGCAUCAUGAAAGGAGGUUCCCGCGAUUACUGGUUCGUUCUCACGUCGGAGAGCAUCUCGUGGUACAAGGAUGAGGAGGAGCGCGAGAAGAAGUACAUGCUGCCGCUCGACGGGCUCAAGCUGCGCGACUUGGAGCAGGGCUUCAUGUCGCGCCGCCACAUGUUCGCGCUCUUCAACCCCGAGGGCAGGAAUGUCUACAAGGAUUACAAGCAGCUCGAGUUGUCAUGCGAGACCCAAGACGAUGUGGACUCGUGGAAGGCGUCCUUCCUGCGCGCCGGCGUCUACCCCGAAAAGACAUCAGAGGCAGCGAACGGCGACGAGAGCUCGGACACCGGCGGCUCCAGCAGCAUGGACCCGCAGCUCGAGCGGCAGGUGGAGACCAUCCGCAACCUGGUGGACUCGUACAUGCGCAUCGUGACCAAGACCACGCGCGACCUGGUGCCCAAGACGAUCAUGAUGAUGAUCAUCAACAACGCCAAAGAUUUCAUCAACGGGGAGCUGCUGGCGCAUUUGUACGCGUCCGGUGAUCAGUCGCAAAUGAUGGAAGAGUCACCCGAGGAAGCACUGAAACGUGAGGAGAUGCUCCGCAUGUACCACGCGUGCAAGGAGGCGCUGCACAUCAUCGGCGACGUGUCGAUGGCAACCGUGAGCACGCCCGUGCCGCCGCCCGUGAAGAACGACUGGCUCGAGAGCCGGCUCGACUCCAAUCCGCGCCUGUCGCCGCCCUCGCCCGGCGGCCCGAGACGCGCCGCGCCUGCUCAGCAAGGCUCGAUGGGACAACGUGGUGCUCCGCCUCCGCCCGGCGCAGGCACAGGCCGGCCGGCGCCCCCGCUGCCGUCGCGACCCGGCGGUGCGGCGCCGCCACCUCCUGGCGGCCGCCCACAACCCGGCGGAGGCCUGCCUGCUCCGCUCAUACCGACGCGGCCAGGUGCGGGCGGCGCGGCGGGCGCGAUGCAGGCGGCGGGCGCGGCGAACGCGGCCAUGAACCAUAUGCCGCCGCACAUGCGACAGCAGAUCAACCAGGCCGUGGGCCAGGCCGUCACCAACGCCGCUAUGAACGAGCUCAGCUCCGCCUUCGCCAGAUUCAAGUAAAGCGGGCCGCGAGCCGCGCUCACGGGCGCCCUGCCGGCGCCUCUGGGCGCGGCGACCGAGCCACACUAACCCGAACGCACAACUCGUACCAGCAAGCGUUGUCGUGUCACCACAUUGUACGACGUGACGUGCCGAUCCCGCUCCGACAUCGCCAACACUAUUUGUAUAGAUUUUGUCAGUCGGUUUUUUCAAAUAUAUCGAAAUAUUAAUUUCUAUACAAAUAUUUGAUACAGUAAUAACAUUAUCGUGUCUUACACGAGGUAGAUAAUUAAGCAUCGUUGCCGCAAAUUACCAAGGUGUCCACCCAUUUGUUACGCUUACUGGUGUUGUCCGAGAACGAGAUUUUGUGUAGUGUGUGCGCGACACUAACAGUUAAGCUUUUGUUGUUCGUGAAAAGUUGCUUCCGGACGUUACCCGAGUGUAGCCAAUGUAUUGUACAGUGCCUGACUAACAUGACUGUUGUGCACAUAUUAACAGUUAGAUCACUAGUGAUUCGUUAUCAAUGUUACCAUUUUAUGAUAACGUCGCUAAGAUUAUGCCUCCGCCCUGACCUACUAAACUCCAUUUAAAUGUAAUUCACAGUACGCCUAAGAAAACUUGCUCAAUCAGAAGUGACCAGACAAUGAGGUUUUCUGAAGAUCGCACAUGAUUUCAGUUAUUUAAGAAUUCGUUGUACCGGUAUACAUUCGUAAAAGCAAUAAGACCUUUUAAAAUUUAGUACUUAACGUGUAUGAAAUCGAACCAAAUUCGUGUUAAGUCUAUAAUUCUCAAUAUGGCAAUGGAUGAAUUCAGUAUUAAAUUUGAUGAAAUUAUUAUUGAAGAGUGCUAUUUAUGAUUAGCUGUACGGAUAUUGCACGAUACGGAUGGCGUAUGUAAUCUUUAUUAUUAUAAAUAUUAUUGAAUAUGUAAUUACCUUUAUUUAAUGUAAUUAAUUGUAAAUGUUUACAUUGAGUGGCUUAUGAUAAGUGUAUAAUGAAUUAUGUAGAUGAGCUGUACGAAGGGCCGUUUGCUGCGACUGCGCGCCCCGCGCGUCCCGACCGCGUGAGGUGCCCUCUGGGUCGCACCGGCGUAUAUCUAGUAUAUCGGUGUGUCGCCUGCGAUAUGUUCCGCGACAUCGAUUAUGCCCGGGGCCGCCCGUCCUCCGCAAGCCGCUCUGAGCCGCGCUAGGAGACUAUCGAGCAUAUCAUAUUGUUUUGUAUAUGUGCUAGGGUUGUAUGAACGCAUUAUAUUAAGACGAGAGUGUUUAUUUGUCGUUGGUGCACUCGACACUAUGUUCGCGUAGAGCUAGCUGCAUAGAUGCAGUUGUUGCAACUCGUUCUCACCUCAGUGUCUAGGUGUAUCGUAGCAUUGAACUUGACCAGACGAGUCUCACGUUACUCUUCCGUCUCUAGUAGUGACGCAACGUGUCUAUUUAUGCAUUUAAUAUACGACGUGUACCCCAGCUUGGUUUAUAAUAUCUAAUCACGUUCGAUUCACAAUAUUUGUAGUACUUAGUAAAAUCAGUGGCGCUUACCGUGACUCGAUGAAGAUUAUGAUCACACAUCGCAAAAAAAAAACAAGACCAGCGGGCAAGAACUGUCUUAUGCUUAUGACUAUAUUCCGUACACUGGUACGGAAUAUAGUCAUAAGCAUAACAAUCUUACGAGUAUUCGUUACAAGUAUGUGGUGUUUGUACAUAAUUGUAUAAUAUAUGUCAUACUCAUAUACACUCGUGAAAUGCCAGGUACUUGUAACAAGUACUCAUAAGAUUUUUGUACCUCGUACUCAUUGACGAACCCAAAACACAGCUUAUUGUUGCGAUGUAUGGUUGCGAUAUGUACCCGCGAUGGCACCUGCCGAUAACAUGUAUCUUCUAUUAUUGCUGAUAGCAAUAUAUUUGGUCAAUUAUUAGAAUGUUUUACCACGGUGAUACAAUAUUAAUUCGUUAUUAAAUGUAACAUUUAAAAGUUUAUGGGCAUUUGAAUGAUAUUCAUAAUGUGAGCGAGCUUUUGUUCGUUCGCUUGCGUCCACGUUCAGUGAUUAAGAGCCCAGUGUAAGUUUGGCGAGGCGAGACCGAUGUGUGUCGGUGCGCGCCUCCACGGCGUCCGCGAGGUGGCGCAGCUGCGGCUGCCAGAACCGAGUUCCUACAUCACAAGUAUUUAGCGCUGUAGCCAUGCCAUUGCUCUAUGAUAUUAAAUAGACGAAUAUGAUACAAUAGUUGUAAUAAAUCAUCUAACGUUUUGCUCUCUCUCUCUAUUGUUAAUAGCGUUAGCGUACCAUCGAAUAAAGGUAUAGGCAGUGAUUGUUGGAUUUGAUAUAGUUUAUGAAUAUUGUUAAUCUUAUGCUGUAUAAAUAGAGUAAUUAAACGCUAUAUGUGUA